GUGCAAUCUCAGCAGACCAGAACAGCACCAGCACCAGCAACAGCACAGACAGUGAGUGCCCCGUGGUGCAGCAGCAGCCACGCUACGUGGCGGCCAAGAAGAACAUGCCCGUCUACUUCAUCUGCUACACCCAGGAGCCCGAUAGCAUGCAAUGGUACAAAACAUCCAUGGACAGCGAUGACUUCUACGAGCUGGACCGCAACACCUCCCGCUACAGCAUUGAGAAGAAUGACUCCUUCAUCAACUUCACCAUCUUCAGGAUCACCUACGAGGACAACGGCAUCUACGUGUGUGACAGGAAGAACCUCACGGCAGAGAAUAAGCGGCCACACUUGUGUGGGACAGAGCUCAGAGUCAUGAGUCACCGCAACAUCCAGCAGAUCCAGAACAGGAAUACCCUGAAAGACGCCAUCAUCAUCAUCCAGUCAAUCCUGCUUGUCAUCUUCAUCAGUGUCCCCAUGUUCCUCUUAAGAGAUAAAGGUGAAAGCAAGAAAAGCCUGGAGGAGGACCACACCUAUGAGGGCCUGGAGGUGGAGCAGAUGGCCACCUACGAAGACAUCACUCCUUUCCGGGACGUGAAGGCCAAGUGGACAGUUGGGGAGCACCCAGGAGAAGAGUGA